AUGUUAUUCCACUCGAUUUUCUCCUCCCCCUUGCUCGCAAUUGCCGCUUUUCUCACGCUCCUAGUUGUCUGGUUCAAGCGCGACGAGCUCGGUCUAUGGGUUCAGGACGAGGAAAAGCUACCUCCGACCCGUUAUUUCGUGCUGCCUGACCAGCGGCAGAUUGCAUAUGGCAUCUACGGCGCGCACAAUGCUGCUUUCACCGUAUUCUACUUCCACGGAUGCCCGUCCUCCCACCACGAAGCCUUUCUACUCUCCGGGGCGGGACGGCGAUACGGCGUCCGCAUCGUUGCCUCCUCGCGCCCGGGCAGCGGUGGUUCGACAUUUCGCGACAAUGGCGCCAUUCUAGACUACCCGGACGAUGUACUUGCUCUAGCCGACCACCUCAACAUCACCAAGUUUGGCAUCGUCGCUGUGUCUGGCGGUGCCCCUUAUGCCUUUGCCUGCCGGCAGCGAAUCCCACGGUCACGGCUCACAGGAAUGGGGAUCGUGGCGGGAAUCUACCCUGUCACCAGCCUCGGCACCGCGGGCAUGAAGCUCCCUUCGCGAGUGAUGCUCCGAGUUGCUACGUGGUUCCCUGGUGUCGUUGCCUGGCUCAUCGACCGGCAGCUUGGCGCUGUGGCUCGGGAUGAGGACGAGAGAAAGAUGGAGGCACUUUUGGUGGCGGACAUGCAGCAGGAUUCGACGCCGCAGAACGACAAGUUGGCUUGGGAGGCAGCCAGCCCUGAAAUUCGAAAGGCUGUAGUCAUGGGCGUUCGGGAAGGCGUCAAGUACGGUGGGCGAGGGCCGGCGUGGGAGAUGAGGUCGCUUGGGAGCCACUGGGGCUUUGAGCUUCACGACAAAAAGCUGCUGGGCUACUCGGGACUUAUGCGGAAUUAA